GAGGGUGGCCAGAGGGUUCCCCGGGCUGGGCAGCUGCCCAGCCCCGGCGCAAAGAGGGCCCCGACAUCAUGUGAUGCAGGAAGAGAACGCAAAUGAUAUGGAAUGUGAGCAGCUGCCGGCAGAGACGCUGCGACAAGUGACCAUUCACCGGGACCCUAUAUAUGGCUUUGGCUUCGUGGCUGGCAGUGAGAGGCCUGUGGUGGUGCGAUCUGUGAGGCCAGGAGGCCCCUCUGAGGACAAGCUCCUGGCUGGUGACCAGAUUGUGGCUAUUAAUGAGGAGGACGUGAGUGAAGCCCCCAGGGAGAGGUUCAUAGAACUCAUCAGGAGCGCUAAGGAAUUCAUCGUUCUUACAGUUCUGCACACUCAUCAGUCCCCCAAAUCUGCCUUCAUCAGUGCGGCAAAGAAGGCCAAGCUGAGAUCCAAUCCUGUGAAGGUCCGAUUUUCCGAGCAGGUGGCAGUUGGAGAAACAGAUGCAAAAAUGAUGAAGAAGGAAGCUCUCCUCCUCAUCCCCAAUGUCCUGAAGGUUUUCUUAGAAAAUGGGCAGAUCAAGUCGUUCACAUUUGAUGGCCGGACUACUGUUAAGGAUGUGAUGGUGACAUUACAGGACCGGCUUUCCCUGAGGUACAUUGAGCACUUUGCUCUUGUCCUUGAGUAUGCUGGACCAGAACAGAACCACAAGUUCCUGCUUCUCCAAGACAAGCAGCCCCUGGCUUAUGUAGUGCAGCGGACACACUAUCAUGGGAUGAAAUGCCUCUUCCGGAUAAGCUUCUUCCCCAAAGAUCCCGUGGAGCUGCUGCGUCGGGAUCCUGCUGCUUUCGAGUACCUAUACAUCCAGAGUCGGAAUGAUGUCAUCCGAGAACGCUUUGGAAUGGACCCCAAGCCAGAGAUGCUUUUGGGCCUUGCUGCCCUCCACAUCUAUAUCACUGUCUCAGCUACUCGACCUAGUCAGAAGAUCUCGCUCAAGAAUGUGGAGAAGGAGUGGGGCCUGGAACCCUUUCUUCCCCCCUCCCUCCUACAGGGCAUCAAAGAGAAAACCCUCCGGAAAUCUCUCUCUCAGCAGCUGAAGGCACAUCAAACACAUCCUUCCAGUGGCACCAAGGGCUCUGCAAUUCAGGCCAAACUCCAGUAUCUUCGAAUUCUGAAUGAACUUCCAACGUUCACAGGUGUUUUGUUCAACACUGUGGGCCUGGAUGAGAAGCAGUCAGCCACCACCCUCCUGGUGGGACCCCGUCACGGCAUCAGCCAUGUUAUUGACCUCAAAACCAACCUCACCACUGUGCUGUCCGAGUUCAGCAAGAUCAGCAAGAUCCAGCUGUUCCGGGAGAACCAGGGCGUGGCCCGGGUGGAGACCAGCAUCAUGGAUGCCAAGCCUCUGGUGCUGUUGAUGGAGUGGCCCGAAGCCACCAACUUUGCCUGCCUGAUUGCGGGGUACUGCCGCCUCCUGCUGGAUUCCAGGAAGAUGGUCUUCUCCAGGCCCGCCAGCCAGCCUCUUCCACCUCCAAUGAUCAAGGCAGAUUACAUGCACAGCGCCCACCGCCCUGUCACUGGGGGCCACCUGGGGAAAAAGGAGAGUAGUUAUGUGGGCAGCGUGGGCACCAGCCCCAGGAAGUCGAGCCGCUGCACGCCCCCACCUGCCGACUCUGAGCUUGUCAGCUUUUGCUACCUCCACAUGCGGGAACAAAGGAAGGAACAGGAAAGCCGGAUGGAUGUCAAUGAAAACUUAAUCUUUUUUGAGGAGACCAGGCCCCGGACCAAGUCUGACCCCACGUCCAAGAGCUCUGGCCAAGGUUAUGAGGCGAUCCCCGAUGACUUUGAUGCAGCUAGCCUAGACCACGAGCCCUGUGCCAGCAGGGCCCGCUCCUACACCUUGGACAAUUCCCUUGGGGCUGAAGCCCUGAACUUCUACUGUGACUCUUGCAAAGCCAAACUCCAGGAGCAGCUGGGCCCUCGAAAAGGUGGGAGGUCUGGCUCCUCUCGUGACAAUAUGGUGGACUUGAUGUCCCUCCCACCCCCCGGGAGUGAGGAGGAGGAAGAGGAAGAAGAUGAGAGCACUUCGCUGUUGCCUGCCAUCGCUGCCCCACCUCCUGGUUUCCGAGACAACAGUUCUGAUGAGGAUGACCCCAAGCGCCGGGCUGCCCAGAGCCAGGAGCAAGGACGCCACCUGCGGGGGCUCUUGUACGAUGAGAUUCCAGUGACACUGAUUGACAGCGUGCAGACCCGGACAGUCCGAGAUCAUGCCCAGGAGCUAGAUGAUGCCCUGGUGUCCACUCUGCAGGCUCUGGAAGCCCUGGCAGCCUCAGAGGAUGGACCACAUCCCCCACCCCCACAGACUGCAGGUCUGAUUGUGCUGGCCACAAUCACCCCUGAAUCAUCACUGGACUCGGGCCAUGAGACCAAUUCUUCAGAGCUCACAGACAUGUCAGAGAUGAUGUCAGCCAUGAAGCAGCACCAGAAUACCACUUACUUCCUGGCCCAGCACCUCAACAAGGACAGCCUCCUGGCCCGCAAGGACCUGCCCUUCCGGAUCCAGAGUUGUGCGGCCCAGGCUGUUCUCACGGCCCCUUAUUCUCUCGGGCGCCCAGAUCCCAACCCAUCCCUCCAGCCAGUGGUUGCAGGCCAGAGUCCCGGUCCCCCAGGCGCUCGGAGGAAGCUGCCCCCAUCGGAGGCCCAGCCACAGCGUGAGCGAAUGUACACCCUGGCAGUGCACCCAGCACUGUCCCCACAGCUGAGCGAACCGAAGAAUCUGAGCCUGCUGUCUCCAGUUCCUGAGGACAAAGGGCCUGGCCACACUAGGGCAGGCCUAGAGAUGUCACUGAGGGCGGCCACGCCAUCCCUUAGUGAAGAGCAGGUCUCUGAGCUAAGGGAGAAUCUGCCCAAGGAGGUCAGGUUGAGCCCCAAGCUUAUCCUGGACCCAAAGGGCAGCGUGACCCCAGCCAUCAUCUCAGCUGCCCUACAGCAGGUGGUUCACACUAAGAGCCUACCUGCCCCUGCUGGAGCCUUGGGGAACACCCCCAGCAGUGGGGAGAGAAGGCUAGAGGCGAGCAUGGGGAGGUCAGAGGUCAGCCUAGUAAGGCCAGAAAUUAGCACAAUGAGUGGCAGUGCCACUAAGAAUCUGAAGUUCAAAAUGAGCCCCGGUGCUCCAGAGACCUCUCGCGGUUCCCAGCAGCAGCUGAGCCCAGAGGUCUCUUCCAGCUCCAGAGCACCCACAGGCAGCCGAGCUGAGAGCCUGCACCUCUCCCCACAAGAGGACAGGCUGCCUGUUCAAAAUUUCCCUACCAAAACCUAUCUGUCUCGAGCGAGUCGAGAGUCAGCAGGCAAGCAAGGUACUGGGGAGGUGGCAGGCAAGAGCGGGCCCGAGGGUACCAAACCUUCUGUGCACAAACAGGGCACCAUCUCUGGCCAUGGGGAGAAGGGGCAGCUGGAGAGCACCCCCCAAAGCAGCAAACUUGAGGAGGCCAGCCUGGUUCCCCGAGUUAGCUACCCCAUGGUUCUGCAGAGCCCCAGCUGCCCGCCACGAGGCCAAAGCCCACUGAGGCCUCAAGCCGCCAGCCGGCAGGUGAGCACUAUGCCCUCCAGAAAGAUUGAAACCACCCUGGAUGGAGCCCACUCAGCCUCCGAAGGCCCUGCCAAGCCCAAAUCUUCCCGGGGUCCUUUCCGGCUCCGUAAUUUAUUCUCUGCCACCUUCCCAACACGCCAGAAGAAGGAGACCGAUGAGCGGCAGGCCCAGCUGCAGAAGGUGAAGCAGUAUGAGCUGGAGUUCCUCGAGGAACUCCUCAAGCCGCCAAGCCAGGGGGAGCUGCCGGGUGCCGAGUACCUGCAACCUCCAGCGCCAGGCCGCUGCAGCUGCCAGCUCCGCAGCAGCCCUGUGCAGCAGGGACCUGGCAUGUCCCGUGAGCAGAGGCGCAGCUGCGAUUGCAAGCGCAUGUGCAGGGGGUCCCGGCCUCAGGCUCCCCAGACGCCAGUGCCCAGCCUCCGGGGGAAGGAUCGGGACAGGGUCCCCCCUACCCAGAGGCAGCCAGAGGCCGGCCCAGGCUUGAGCCUUGACACCCCCACCAGUGUCAGGCGCAUCCGCUCCACCAGCCUGGAGUCCCGAGAGUGCCGAUCGGACCCUGAGAGUGGUGUUUCUUGCCUGACCACGUGUGCCUCCGGGGGUGAGUGUCUCGGAGCUCCCAACUACAGGAAACUGAUGCGCCGCUACAGCAUCAGUGAGCUGGACCAGGGUGACAGGGCCUCACUGACCUCAGACAUCUACCCGCACCCACCCCUGGGCAUGCUGCCCAGGGAGGCCAAGGAGGUAGAGGCGGGCCUCCCCCUAGGCGUGGGUCCCAAAAGCAAGUCGCUGGAGUCCCCGACCUUGGGAGACCCCUCCUACGUCCAUGUCGCCCCUGAGACCAAAGGGCCCCGACAGAUGGCCGUGUUCUCACUGCCAGAAGAGGUGUAUCGGAAGCCCGUGGAGCUGGAUGAGGACAGUGAGAGUGGCAAGUGCUGCUCCAUCCGCUACUGCUUCUACUACCGCAAGUGCGACAUGGCAGAUGACGCCAGCGAUGGCAAGGACGAGCUCUCCUACUCCAUCCCCAUGAAGAUCCUGCCCGGCAUGAAGCUGGACGAGCAGGUAGUACCCGUGGUGAGCAGGACCCUGCAGGUGUUGGAUGCCGCCACCUGCAGCAGCAGCAGCCCCGAGGCAUCCCGCACCCAGGAGAUCGACCUGCGGGUGUCCACCUUCGAGGGAAGCCUGGCCAAGAUCAAUGCCCUGCGGGCCCAUGCCUAUGGCCUGCCCGACGGCUUCCUGGCUGCCCGGCUGGACACCAAUGAGCUGCUGACGGUCCUACGGCAGUGUGUGGCCAGUCCUGAGGCCCGCGCCCCCAAGCCCUACGUCUCCCAGAUCUCUGAAUACAAACUGGAGCUGGCUCUCAAGUUCAAGGAGCUCCGGGCCUCCUGCCGCCGCGUGGCCAACGUGGACAAGAGCCCCACGCACAUGCUGGCGGCCAUCACGGGCAGCUUCCAGGUGCUGAGCAGCCUCAUUGAGACCUUCGUGCGGCUGGUGUUCAUCGUGCGCUCUGAGGCCCAGCGCCAGGAGCUGCUGGCCAAGGUAGAAGAGGUGGUGAGGAACUACACCUUCCUGCUGCGUGCAGCUGAGGAGUCCACUGCCCGGAACCUUAACCAGCAGCAGCAGCAGCAACAGCAGGCAGCAACAGUUAUGGGGGCAGCUGGGGGCCACCCACCGGGCUCCCCAACUUCAGCGACUGUUAUGAGCACAUUCACCCACUCCUUAAAGACCCUUAUUAAGUAGGCCAUCUGCCCAGGCCUGCCCCCCUUCUCCAACCGUGGCCCCAGGUUUGAGCUUUGUGGUCUUUGCAUCUUGUGGUGAGUAUAUGUGUCCGCUGGGCCAGUCAGGGCCCCCCUGAGCCCUCAGUCUCCAGGGACUGACAAGUCCCUGGAUUGGAGGCUGUCCCUGAGGGCUCCAGGCAGCUGCCACCCUGAGUAUCCUCGCCCCUUCCCUGGCCUCUGGGCGUCACUGUGAGGGCCACGGCCCCCCCACCCCGUCACUACGCCCAUCACAGAGCUGUAUUUUCUCUCUUCUCUAGGGCCGAGACGUGACGUCAGGUCCACUUCCUGCUCCAUCGUGGGAGUCAGAGGGAGGCAGGCCUGAAGCCCAUGGGUCUCGAGCUCCUCUUGGCACCUGUUCCCCUCCAGGGCCACAGCGGUGCCGAGCAAGCGGAAGGGAGAGGGCACACGGCCCAGAUGUGCCCAAGCUCUCACUCACUCGGCAGUAGCCACCCUGAGGGCUGGUGCCCAGGUGGUGGGUCUGCAGAAAACAGCCGCUCUGGGCUGCUGGCGGCCAGCUCUACAGGCUGGCAGCCUUGGGAGCGCUCGCCCCUGGGCCCAGUAGCUCCACACCAGCCAUCCCCAAAGUGCCCUGUCCCUUGCUGAUGGGCAGGGCAGCUCAGUCCACUAGGGAGCAGGCAUCUGGGAUUACCCCGCUCGUCCUGGGUAAGGUACCUGGUGACCGCAUCUGCCCUGGGGAGACCCAGUGCAGGCCUCGGAGCCCGCCCUGCCCAGCCCGGCCCAGCACAGGGGCUGUCGCGGCCAGCAUGCGACUCCUCUCAACAUCUCUCUACCAGACAGACUGUCCUUAGGAGUCCGAC